AUGCCGUCAAUCGGCAUCCUUGGUCUCUUCGUAUUCGUGACGGUUUUGCAUCUGCAAGACAGAGGAACCGUGGCGGGAAGUUUUACCCCCCGCUGCCAUGUGGACUCUAACCGUUUUGCGGCAAAAGCGAUAUCCCGUGGUGGGUGGGUCGACGUCAUUUACGACAUAACGUACAGCAAGGGACUAUGCGACACUGAUGACGAAAAUGGUCUUCUGAACGCCAGUAUUAACGGUCGAAACCAGCUCUUCAAAGGGCGAAAAGGGGUCAUCACUCUCAAAGACGCUGCUGUGCGCAUCAACUUGACAUCUGAUAAGAAAGGGAAACAGUUCUUUUCUUCGGGUAUAUGCUGGAGUUCAACGAACUGCACUAUUCUCUGUUCCUCUGCCUUCCUCGGUUCCGUCUCCACAUGCACUCUGGACAGCAUCGUUGUUCCACUUGUUUUGACGCUCUUCUGGGUAGUGCCACUCGCUAUCUGUACCUUUUCCUUGUUUUUGUGCUACAUGCGUCUACGCACGCUACAACGAAACGAGAUGCUUGAACUCCGGGGACAACAUAUACUACGGGAACACUACCAAGCGGCACUACCAGAACGGCGACGAAAAGGAGAAGGUGCCACCUCCAUAUAUGUGAAUACAGCCGAUGCGACAUGUGAUGCUCUUUCUCGCGAAAAAACAAACUAUACACUAGAAGAGACCGCUGCGUCUCGAGACAAUAAGGAAGCUGAAGUUCGUGACAAAGACACAUCCGAAGUAGUCACAGAAGAUGCACUUCGCACUGUUUAUGUAUCCAUUCUUGGGGGGCAAGAAACUGUAUACCACAAUCAAGCAGAUGUUGUUGAAGAGGCAGAAAAAAAACAAGUAGCUCAGAUAGUCGACAUCGGCCCUUCAGCGUACGAGACCGAACAUAGCGCUGAAGCAGCUGCUGCACGUGACACAGAAGGUUUCUCCCGGUGCCGGUCUGAGCUGAGUGUCAUGCGGUGGGCAGAAACCGUCGAUGCUCUCGAGGAGUCCGAGGAGGCUGCCCGACGCGGUGUUGAGGAGGCUGCCCGGCGCGGGGUUGAGAGCAUAGGUCGGCGCCUGUGUGGACUUCCUCCUUUCUGGGAUGCUGAGGAGUGCGUUUCGUUUGAUUUGGAAGAGAUUGCAACGCUGGAAGAUAACGAGGUUUUGAUACGGGAUUUUGAUAAAGGGUUUAGGACAGUUGGUGAUGUUGUUAUGCUGGAAUCUUUGCGGCGUUCUUUUAUUGUUUCCGAGGAGGUUUGCUGUAUAGUAUGGUUGAGGGCGGAGGAGAUUGCCGAUGGGCGAGAGGCUAUGUCGCGACGGUUUGCUAGGAAAAGGAUGCAACUGGCGGGCGAGGAAGAAGCAGCUCGUGAUGCGCUGCGGGAGGUUGAGGAGCGAUAUUUAGACAAUAUUUACGCCGAGUUUGAAGAAAAGCGAUUGUUGUUUAAAUCCGCGGGGACGCUGUCGAAGGAAGAAAUUCGUAUGCUUUCAGUGUCGAGGAGCUAUGGUAGUGAAUUCAGGUGGCGCAUGCUGAAGAUGGCAAGGCCACCUGCUGGUGCAUCGACGCCUAAACCCUUUAUAGGUUUUUCGUUGGGGGAGUUUCUCGGCGAGCCGCACUUAAGGGUGGAGGGUUUGUAUGAGUGCGGGCCCGCGUAUCAGGUUGGAAUACGCAUCGGCGACGUGCUUCUCUCGAUUGAAGGAAAACGGGUGACAUCUAUCGCGGAGGCCCGGCAUGCAGUGCUGAGACACUGUCAUACUGGUCGUCUAACAGAUCUGACACUGCAGCGGCCUGAUGGUACGGUCUACGCCGUGUCUCUUUGGGUGAUGACAGCAGAGCCGCGGUUAAGGGAUGAACCGUAUUUCUUCGAUAUUAUGCGCCACAAGCGUUUCCAACGACGCUGGCAGAAAGAGACGAUUGAAAGCACUCCAUAA